AUGAAUCGAAAAAAUAAAUUAUACCAUUUUAUAAAAAUUUCUACUCUUGUUAUUAUAUUGCGGACAUAUCUUUUUAACAGUAAAGUGAGCAUAUUUAGUAAAUCCAUGGUCGAGAACUGUAAUCUUGAUAAAAAAUUAUAUACAAGAAAUUAUCGAUCACUAUCUAAAUAUAAACAAAACAACUAUUCCUAUAUUGCGAGGUUAAAAGAAGAUAUACGUAAAAAUGAAAAAGAAACAAAAGGAAAAAAUAGCAAAUCAAGUAGAACUCCAUUAAAUAGGGCGCAAUACUACACGGAAGUUACAGAUUAUAAUAAUGGAAUGUUUGACGGAAAGUAUUUUCAUUUUGAAAAGAAAUGGUUAAAAAAAAAAGAUUAUGAUAAAUUUCUUGAAAAGAACAGGAAAUUUAGUGAUAUAUCUUUAAAAAAAAUAAAAUUUAGAAAUUAUGGAUAUGGAGUUGCGUUGCUUUUUUUUUUUUUCUUUGUGGGGAUAGGAAUACCGUUGUCACCAGGUUUAACAUUUUUGAAUUAUACUUGGGAUGAUAUUAAAAGUGUAUUUGGUGAAUCGUUCGUAAACGCUAUAGUUAAAAUGACAGAAUAUACGGGAAAUUACUCUGGAAUAGUAUAUUUUAGCUUCCUUAUGAUUAUAUUAUCUAUUAUACUUAUUAUAGUGAUUUAUAAAAUAUUAAGAAAUAAUGAAAAAUAUAAUAAAAUUAAGUUGAUCUCUGACUAA